AUGGUUUAUAGGAAUGACAAUGACAUCAAGGACAACUAUGAUGACAUCAAGGACAAUGACAUCAAGGACAACUAUGAUGACAUCCAGGACAAUGACGACGGCUUCAAGGACAAUGACACCAAGGACAAUGACAUCAAGGACAAUGAUGACGGCUUCAAGGACAAUGACAUCAAGAACAAUGAUGACGGCUUCAAGGACAAUGACAUCAAGGACAAUGAUAUCAAGGACAAUGACAUCAAGGACAAUGACAUCAAGGACAAUGACAUCAAGUACAAUGACACCAAGGACAAUGAUGACGGCUUCAAGGACAAUGACACCAAUGACAAUGACAUCAAGUACAAUGACAUCAAGUACAAUGACAUCAAGUACAAUGACAUCAAGUACAAUGACAUCAAGUACAAUGACAUCAAGGACAAUGACAUCAAGGACAAUGACAUCAAGGACAAUGACAUCAAGUACAAUGACACCAAGGACAAUGACAUCAAGGACAAUGAUGACGGCUUAAAGGACAAUGACAUCAAGGACAAUGACACCAAGGACAAUGACAUCAAGGACAAUGACACCAAGGACAAUGACAUCAAUGACAUCAAGGACAAUGACAUCAAGUACAAUGACACCAAGGACAAUGACAUCAAGGACAAUGACACCAAGGACAAUGACAUCAAGUACAAUGACACCAAGGACAAUGACACCAAGGACAAUGACUUCAAUGACCCUGAAAAUGGUAAUACAAUACCUCUUUGA